CGCCCGCAGCUCCUGCGCUCGGUCCGGUCCCCGCGUGCCGACCCCGCACCUCCACCCAGGCUCCCUCAGUCUCCUGCCCAGCCAGCGCCUCCGGCAUGUGCGCUGCCCACAUGACGCCCCUGGCGCACAUCUUCAAAGGGACUUUCGUCCAUUCCACCUGGACCUCUCCCAUGGAGGUGCUGCACGACCACAUCCUCGGCGUGAGCGAAGCUGGCAAAAUAGUGUUUUUGGAACAUGCAUCCCAGCAAGAAAAACUGGCAACAGAAUGGGGCUUCACACCAAUUGAAGUGAAAGAACUCAAUAUCCAUGAAUUCUUCAUUCCUGGACUGGUCGAUACACACAUCCAUGCACCACAAUAUGUAUUUGCUGGAAGUAAUGUGGAUCUCCCCCUCCUGGAGUGGUUAACAAAGUACACAUUUCCAACAGAAAACAAAUUCAGCAAUAAAGAUGUUGCUGAAGAAGUCUAUACCCGAGUGGUUAGGAGAACUUUAAAGAAUGGUACAACCACAGCAUGCUACUUUGGAACAAUCCACACUGAUGCAUCCCUCCGCCUUGCUGAUAUUACAGAUAAAUUUGGGCAGCGAGCAUUUGUGGGCAAAGUUUGCAUGGAUAUGAAUGACACUGUUCCAGAGUACAAGGAAACCACUGAGGAGUCAGUUAAAGAGACGGAAAGGUUUGUUGAAGAAGUGCUAAAAAAGGAAUAUACUAGGGUGAAGCCCAUAGUGACUCCACGUUUUGUCCUUUCCUGCUCUGAGACUUUGUUACAUAAACUUGGUGACAUAGCCAAGGACCACAAACUGCAUAUUCAGAGCCACAUAAGUGAGAAUCCUGAUGAAGUUGAAGCUGUAAAAACGCAAUUUCCUAAUUAUAAGAAUUACACAGAUGUAUAUGACAAAAACAGUCUCCUGACAGACAAGACUGUGAUGGCUCAUGGCUGCUACCUCUCUGAUGAAGAGCUCCAAGUAUUUCAACAGCGAGGAGCUUCAAUCUCCCAUUGUCCCAAUUCAAACUUCUCGCUCUCCAGUGGAUUACUAAAUGUGUUGAAUGUCCUGAAACAUAAGGUGAAGCUUGGACUAGGCACAGAUGUUGCUGGUGGUUAUUCAUCUUCCAUGCUUGAUGCUAUCAGAAAAACAAUCAUGGUAGCCAACAUCCUUUACAUGAAAAAAGCAAAUGAGAAAAGCCUCACUCUGAAAGAAGUGUUCAGACUAGCAACUCUUGGAGGAAGCCAAGCCUUGGGACUAGAUGACGUGAUUGGAAACUUUGAAGUCGGCAAGGAAUUUGAUGCCCUCCUGAUCAACCCUAAGGCUUCAGACUCUCCCAUCGAUGUCUUCUGUGGUGAUCUGCCUGGUGAGCUUUCAGAGGCUGUUAUCCAGAAGUUCUUCUAUCUAGGAGAUGAUCGAAAUAUUGACGAAGUGUAUGUGGGCGGCAAGCAAGUGGUUCCAUUUUCAAGCUCCGUGUAGGUCCACGAGGCUUCUGAAGACAUUCUCCUGGGAUAACUGAUGAUUCUGCAUCUCUCUGUUCAGCCCAGGCGGAGUUGGAAAGUGUUGGUUAAAAUAUAGUACCUUCUUCUUGGGAAUGACUAUUAAGUUUCUGUGUCUAAUUAGAGCCUCCACUUGAGAAAUUACUAGAGGGAAGCCAGGGAUCAUUUUAGGUUCCUGGGUUGGGUGGCUUUCAUAUAUGUGAAAAAUUUACCCUUUGAGCUGUUGAGAUUUUUUUUGGCCAUAUUCAAAGAUAAACUUUACUUUAUUAAUUUGAAACGUCAAAUCAAUUCCAUGGUAAGAAAGACAAAGUUGCUUUUCUUAUAAAAAUGAAUCUUGAGCACACAUGUGAAAAUUUUCAACUACAAAGUUGAAAAUUGCCUAGUGGGGAAAUCUUAAUGAAGAAAGAAGUCUUUAAAAAGUGUGUGAAAAGAAAUGUUGAAGAUCACUUAAAGUAAUUCAUGUUUGAAAAUUACAUGUCAAGCAUACAAAUUUUAAGAGAGACGUUGCAGAAUUUCAGAAUGUGAUUUCAGAGUAGGUCUGUGGGCUUGGAAAUUUGCACUUACUGAAAUUUGCACUUCAUAGAAAUUUUGCUAUUGUUCUUUGGCUUUGUUUUGGAUGAAACUUAGGAAACAAAAUGUUAAAUGCUACAUUAAGAUAGUUUUUGCUUGUAAAUGUGUGUUGAAAGCUGGAAAAUGGCUUUUUAAAGGUCUCUUAGGACUAUUAUUAAUGCACUUACAUGGCACAAGUAGGAGUAUUUUUAAGUACCCUGAAACACCUUAAAUUAUAACCAUGCAGUGUCGUUAUCUAUCAAAAUUAUACUGUUGGAAAGAAAAUGGAAACAGAUUGUUUGAAGUAGUGUUAUCCGCAAGACUACAGAUUGGAAAUUGCAGAGACAGAGAAGACCAGUGGGCAUCACCAAAUCUAUAUCAUUUCAUACAAAUAUGAAAACUGUUAUUGAUCAAAGCCUUACCUGGGAAAGGUUCCAUUUAUUAAAGACAAGCUCUAUCCACACUAUCAGUCACAAUUGCUGAUUUUCAAAUGCUGAUACCAAGUAAUAGCUGGCAUUUUGAAAUACACCUCAAGUGUUCUUUUAAUGGGUAUCAUUAAAAAAGACCCUCUCUCUCCCUUAAAAGCAGACAAUCCUUUGUCUAUUGAAAAUACUUUACUCCCAUUUAUUUUAAUAAAUUUUCAAUCCAACACUAUUUAGGUAUGAAUAAAUAACUUAGAUACUAUCUUAAAAUUCAUCUUAAUUGGAUUUAUUCCAUAUUGAGGGCUGGUUUUUUGUUUUUGUGUUUUUGCCUUUCUUUGUAUCCCCAAUGCUUAACAGUGCCUGGCACAUGGAGAACGCUUAAUAAAUGCUUGUUGACUGGUUGACUAAUUAAUGUUUCAUAUUUAGAAGGAUACAAAAGCUUUAAGAGCACCUUUGCCAUAUCCUAGAAUUGGAAACAAUUUUUGCCUCUGUAAUAAAUCUUUGAAUAUUA